UUAGUUCCUACUAGGAACAGGAGGUGGGUAGGGGGUUUGGAUUUGAAUGGUGUCUGUCUGUCUGUCCCUUCACACUUCAGCUGUCAUAAACUUAGAGCUGCUAAAAGAUUAUGAAAUGUCUGGUACAGUUAGAUCCGUGAUUGGUGAUUGUAGAAUGUGCCUCACUGACAUCUACACUACCGACCAUCACUGAGCCAGCCUCCUGUCCCCAGUCAUUGUACUGGUAUAUAUUGUUGUAUGGAACCUGAUGAUGUGGACACAGCCUUCCAAGCCUUUGUCGAGUUCUUCCCAUGUCAGUUUGAAAUGAAAAUGGGAAUUGAGAAACUCGUAUUCACGGUGUCCUUGUAUGACUUUGAAUUUGGAAAGGAGUAUGAUUUCUACAUGUUCGGGGCUGUGAGGAUUCAGUUUUUCACUGAGUAGCUGGCUGGUGUCGGAGGGUGUGACUAUGUCUGUGUCCCUCCCGUCUGUUACAGUGUCUACUGCCCCAUCUGAAGCUGGCGGUGUACCAGUUUGACACGUCAUGUGACCAGAGUUCUGGUAUCUACCUGCCCACUACAGAUAUCUGGUAUUCAGACUGUCCAAAGACGAUCAACCUCCCUUCAAUCUCGGACGACAUCACCUGCAAUGUCCCAGACACAUGUACAGGAGUGCUACAAGAAACUACAAGUGAGCAUUGAGAAAAUCUACCAUGAGAAAUCCCUGAUUGGCUAUCCUUAUGGAACGGAGAAAUACUUCUACUUCUACGAGAUGGUCCGUAUGAUGUACAAGCUGGAGUAUAUGAUGUAUGACAAAAGCUACCUGAUAUCCCUAGGGAUACAGGUGUGUCUAGAGACCACUGGACCUUGUGCUCAGAAAUUCACUCUCCUUGACAGUGUACACUUCCCAGAACCAGCCUGUACCUGGGAUGCAGAAUUCGUUAACCCAGAAAAGACAGGAAGUUGACAUUCAUCAAAACAAAGACAAAGAUCAUUCUACCUGAAUGGUAUUCUCAGAGCAGAGUAAGUCACCUAAGUUUUUAUUUUACUAUUUUGCCCUGAAAGUGUGUCCAAGAAUACCCAUAUCUCAUAAUCUGUGUGUACCUGUAAAUUAAGAUACCUAAAUAUCCAUCGAGAAUGUGUCAAUCUAGAUCUGUUCAAACCUGGUGAUGAAUACCCCAUUAAAAGAUGUCCACAAGACACUGCUGUGUUGUCUGUUUUUGUAGGGAACAAUCUGUCUGAUACCUGAUCAGUUUCCUUCCUGAUCAGUUUCCUCAUUAUGUUUUAGGUACAUUUUUUAGGUCAUCUGACCCGAAGGGUCAGGAUGACCUACACUGGGAG